UCGUUACAAAUCGAUAGUGGAAUUAUUUCCGCCUACAUGUCUGUCAGGCAGUUGCAUCAUCACCUUAGGCCUAAGUAUUCUACUACACAAGUGUAAUGUAUUUGUUAGUUACCUCCCUUUGAGUCUACCAUGUUCGCUAGCAGCUAACACAUGUCGGAGUUGAUACGCAGUUGGCUUGGGCGGGAACGUGUUGCUACGUGAAAUAACGCUGAGUUGAUGAUGGCUUCCUGUUGCUGCUGAUGUUGUAAUGAUCUGACAGAUGUUGUGACCAAUACAGAGGUCCUAUUCAGUUAUUCUGGACUGAUUGUUGAAUCAGGACAUAUUUUUUUUUUUACUUAGUGAAAGAAAUUAGAAAAAAAAAUGUCUGACGGCGUGCAGUUAAAGAAGCAAAUCACCCUUUUCCAGGGUGUAGCCAUUAUUGUCGGCAUCAUCAUUGGUUCGGGAAUUUUUGUCUCCCCUGUUGGGAUUCUCAUGCAUGCGAAAUCCAUUGGCCUGUCCAUGAUCAUGUGGGCCAUCUGCGGAGUGUACAACACUUUGUGUGCGCUGUGCUACGCUGAACUUGGUGCUUCCAUGCCACAGUCAGGCGGGGAGUACGUGUACAUCAAGCGUGCUUUCGGAGAUUACCUGUCCUUCGUGUGCUUGUGGAUCAACUUCACUUUGAUAUGUCCAGUGGGCAUUGCUGCUCUGAGUCUGAUAGCAUCACUCUACAUUCUGCAGCCGAUAUUCCCAGACUGUGAGGUUCCACAACUUGCUGGGAGGCUAAUAGCCAUCGUUUUAGUGUGGCUCUUAAUUUCCGUCAACGUGAGGAAUGUCAAAUGGGCGACCAGAGUCCAAGUGGUCAUCACAGCGUCCAAGCUGAUAGCUUUAGGGCUGGUCAUCAUUAUAGGCAUGGUGUAUUUAGGCAAAGGUGACAGAGAAAGUUUCCAAGAUUCAUUUGCAGAGAGUGAUUAUGGGGCAGGAGCUUUUGCCUUGUCCUUCUACUCAGGGUUCUGGGCCUUCAGUGGAUGGAGCUAUUUAAACUUUCUCACUGAAGAGCUUGUCAACCCAAACAGAAAUCUGCCAUUGGCCAUCAUGAUUUCUAUGAUCACAGUGAUCUGUGUCUACCUGAUCACCAACAUCGCCUACCUGGCCGUGCUAUCCCCUGCCCAGAUGUUGCAGUCAACAGCUGUUGCUGUGACAUUUGCGGAACAUACAAUGGGGGUCAUGCAGUGGUUGAUGCCAAUCCUGAUUGCCAUAUCUGUGUGUGGGACCAUGAAUGGGACAGCACUCUCAAUGUCUAGGUUGUUCUUCAUUGGCGCUAAAAAUAACCACAUGCCUGCCUUUAUGUCCAUGAUUCAGUACAAAUUUCUAACCCCAGCCUCUUCCCUGUUCAUCAUUCUUGCGUUAACAUUGUGUUUCCAACUGUCGGAUGACAUUUGGUUCCUUAUUGAGAUGGAAGGCUUUGGCUUUGCCUCUGUGUUGACCAUCGUGUUCGCCGGACAGGUGUGGCUGCGCUACAAGGAGCCUGACAUGCCCAGGCCUAUCAAGGUUCCUAUUGCUCUACCAGCUGUCCUAUGUGUGGUCAGCUUGGCCGUCGUAGCCCUCACAUUUUACCAAAAAACAACAGAAAGUUUACUGGCCCUGGGGCUGGUGGGAGUGGGGACAGUGCUUUACAUCAUCGGCAAUAGGUGGACAAACAAGCCGGAAUCUAUCCAAUCAAAAAUUACAUUUAUUAACAUCUUCUUCCAAAAACUGUUUUUGGUUGUGCCUCAAGCUAAUGAAAAAGACAUUCAAUGGGAAUAAACUAAGGUCAGAUCUGAUGCCUUGGUCACUGGGAUCUGUUUUCACUUACAUCAUUUUUUUUUUUUUUUUGUUAUUAAAUUGUAAAA